GGGAAGUUAAAUUAUUUUAUUUGUGUUAUUGUUUAUGUUUACUCAAGCAAAACAUCCUGUAUUUCUUGGAAAUUCAAAAUUGCAUAUACCAAAGGAAAUUUUUUUUUAACAGAUGUUUCAAAUAAGAAAAGCAAAAAACAGUUUAAAUCGACGAAGGAUAUACAAACUAGCAGCUGAAUAAUAAGAUCGUCAGUUGAUUGCUACCGACAUCAGAGUUUUCGGCCCAGUCAUAGCACGGACUAAUCAAUAACUCCCCGUGAUAGUGAGCCAUACCUUGGUUUAAGUAUUCUCAUCGAUAACAUUGUUAAAGCAUGUCAAAAGAUAUUAGCCCAUCUCACGAGAAUACAGAUGUAUUUCAAAAUCUGCAACAGAAAUCUUACAAAAGACGAAACUCUCAUAUAGAGCAGAAGUCGCGUCUGUUUCAAGAUUCGGUACACGGAGCCAUUAAGAUUGACCCAUUGUUGGUAGCUAUUACCGAUACGCCUCAGUUUCAAAGAUUGCGAGACUUAAAACAACUCGCUGGAGUCUACUGGGUGUUUCCAGGAGCAUGCCACAAUCGAUUCGAACAUUGCAUUGGAACAUCUUACUUGUGUGGUCUCAUGUUGGAAACAUUAAAAGAACUUCACAACACCGAGUAUGAUAAUGCUGUCGAAAUAACAGAGACAGAAAUUCUUUGCGUGAAAAUUGCUGGCUUGUGUCACGAUCUAGGACAUGGUCCAUUUUCGCACACGUUCGAUAGAUCAUUCAUAAAACGUGUGCGACCAGACACAAAAUGGACGCACGAACAAGGAUCGUGUGAUUUAUUUGAUUACAUGUUGGCUGUAAACGAAGGUUUACGAGAAAUGUUGACGGAGAGAGGUAUUAGAGAAAAUGAAUGUGAAUUGAUUAAGCGGAUGAUAAAGGGAGAACAAAUCUUAAGCACUGAAAAAGGAUUUCUUUACGAGAUUGUGUCAAACAAAAGGACUGGUAUCGAUUGUGAUAAACUUGAUUACUUUGCCCGCGAUACACACCAUCUUGGAAUGAAAAAUACGUUCAACAUUCAACGCUUUUUUCACAAUAUACGCAUUUUAUCCGUAGACGGACAGCUACAAGUAUGUGUUCGUGACAAAGAGAUGUUUAGUUUGUAUGAAUUAUUUCACGUUCGUUGGGCCCUGCAUCACCAAGUAUAUCAACACAAGACAACAAGAAUCAUUGAAGAAAUGAUAUGUGAAGCGAUGCUGAAAGUUGACAACAAAUAUGGUAUCUCGGCUGCGAUUGAUAAUAUGGAGAGUUACACAAACUUAACGGACUCCAUAAUAUACGACAUUCUGAGAUCUAAUGAUGAUGAUCAAGAUUUAAAGGAUGCGCAAGAACUUAUCAAGAGAAUACAGAAAAGAGAUUUUAUGAUGUAUUUUUGCGCUCGCAUUAAUUCCAGCUCCACUAAACGUGAAUCUGAUGAAUUACAAGAAGAUAUGAUUGCACAAGCAAUCAUAGAUACAAGUUAUGGUGCUUUGGAAAGGGAGGAUCUGUUUGUAGAUAUCAUUUCAAUUGGAUAUGGGAUGAAAGAUCAAAAUCCAGUCGAAGAAGUGAUUUUCUUCACCAAAGAUGGAAAACCAAUAAAAUUGCGACGCGAAUAUCUUAGCGAUAUAUUGCCAAAUUCAUUUUUUGAAAAGCUCAUUCGAGUGUAUUGCACAAAACGUGAGAAGAAGCAAGAAGUUAAAAAUAAUUUUGAGUCGUGGUGCCGAAAGAAGGGUUACUUAAUUCCAAAUACUUUGGAAGGUGAUACAGCUGGUUAUUUUACUAACGUAUGCAAAAGUAAAGAUUCUGCGAUUUUUAUGAAGAAAAAAUAGUCUGUCAAUAGCGUAGAAAGAGGUACUGUUAAUUAUAUAUGAAAGAAUUCUAAGGAUGAUAAUUUUCUCAGAUCUUAAUAAAAAAGGAAAACUAACGUUAUAUGAAGUCUUAUCUUUUUUUUAACUUUUAAGUGUAGACCAAGUGGAAUUUUUUUUACUAUACCUAAAGUCGGAUGUCUUCUUUUAAGACCAGAACUUUUCUUUUUAAUUUUCAUAAGUCGUCGUUAACGGAGUGAUAAAGAGCUUUUUUCGCUGAGAAUCGGUUUUUAAGCCUACAAAUACUCAAGUCGAAACAUUUACGCUUGGAUAUUAUCUCCAGUAACUAAUGAGUGACUUACAAACCACAACACCACGACUUUUAAAAUAGUUUUCGUCAUUCUAAUUAAGAUCGUUUUUUGUUCUUUCGUUAGCAUGUCGACACCGCGAGAAACUGGCUCGUUGGUUAUUCCUGAAACACCAACAGUCCAUUUGUAGUCCCGUUAACUCUUCAAUACCACGGUAGCCAUAUAGUAAAGUGCUGGAAAGUGCCGUGUUUCCAAGUAGAAAGAAGGCAGCAUUGUUCCCACAAAAUAAAAGAUGAGAAAAGUUGUUUUCAAGCUGUGCUUUGCUUUUUUCAUGUCAUCAUUUUGCUUAGAAACUAAAUGAGAUCAAAGUUAAAAAUGUUGUGAGAUUUUUUCUUCAAUAUUUUGAAAGGAUUAACUUAAAUAGUGUACUUGAAGUACUACCAAUCUCGUUUCCAAGCGCUUUUUUCGCUUUCUGGAUAUGCAUGCUGGUGCGAAAGAAGACACAUAUCAGAAAGCGAAAAAGAAGCCCUGGAACAAGAUUGGAAGUACUAUUAAUAAUUUAUAUUGACUAAUUUAUGUCAUUAUUUUUAUGUCGUAAUCAUUUUGUCACACUAAUUUAUAACGCAUUAAUUUAUGUUGUACUAAUUUAUGCCGUACUAAUUUAUGUUGAUACUUGUCGUAAUAAUUUUUGUUUGUAA